AUGGCUACGGAUGAGAUCCCCCAGACCGCCGUCCCGGGCAAGGCUCUGGGCCCGACCUCCCGUUACAACGCCGGCCCCGGAACGCACGUCUACAAUGGCACAGUGGUAGCCUCGCUGAUGGGCAAGGUGAUCGUCACCCCUUCAGCCAAGGCACCGACGGCACCGAAGCGGCUCAACCGCAUCACCGCCCCUACCACAGAAGAGAUGCCGACGCUCUCCGUGGCCCCCCGGCAGGCGCAAGGCAGCGGUGAUAAGAAGCGCGAGGUGCUUCCGGACGUUGGCAACGUGGUUCUCUGCCGCGUUGUGCGGUUGAUGCCGAAGCAGGCUAUCGUCACGAUCCAGCAAGUUGGCGACACGGUCCUGCAAACGGAGUGGCAGGGCGUCAUCAGAUCGCAGGACGUGAGAGCGACGGAGAAAGACAAGGUCAAGAUUUACGAGAGCUUCAAGCCCGGCGACAUUGUUCGGGCGCAGGUGAUUUCUCUGGGAGAUCAGGCGAACUACUAUCUCUCUACGGCCAGUAACGAGCUAGGCGUCAUCAUGGCCACCAGCGAGGCUGGCAACGACAUGGUGCCGGUCAGCUGGAAGGAGUACAAGGACCCGGAGACGGGCAUCGGAGAGCCGCGCAAGGUGGCGAAGCCGAACUGA